CAACUUUUCAGCUGAAACUUCGUCUACCGUUCGCGCCGCGAACCUUAAUGCAACAUAUACGGCCGCAAUCUUCGGGUCCGCUGAAGGAUAUUGGAAGGAUGCCAAAUAUCAAGGUGUUUAGCGGUACCUCACAUCCCGAUUUGGCUCAGAAAAUAUGUGACAGACUUGGUAUUGAGCGUGGCAAGGUCGUCACCAAGAAAUUCAGCAAUGGAGAGUGUUGUGUUGAGAUUGGGGAGUCCGUGCGUGGAGAAGAUGUGUACAUCAUCCAGACCGGGUGCUCCGAGGUGAACGACAUGUUGAUGGAGCUGCUGAUCAUGAUCAACGCCUGCAAGAUCGCAUCAGCGUGUCGGGUCACUGCUGUCAUACCCUGCUUCCCGUAUGCAAGACAGGAUAAGAAAGACAAGAGUCGUGCUCCCAUAUCUGCCAAGCUUGUUGCCAACAUGCUGUCCACGGCCGGCGCAGAUCAUAUCAUCACCAUGGAUCUUCACGCCUCACAGAUUCAGGGUUUCUUUGACAUUCCUGUUGACAACCUCUAUGCGGAGCCUGCCGUCCUGAAGUGGAUUCGUGACAACAUCACUGACUGGAGGAAUUGUUGCAUUGUCUCCCCUGAUGCUGGCGGUGCCAAGAGGGUGACGUCCAUCGCUGACCGUCUAAACGUGGACUUCGCGUUGAUCCACAAGGAGAGGAAGAAGGCCAAUGAGGUGGCUUCAAUGGUGCUGGUGGGAGAUGUGAAGGACAGAAUUGCCAUCCUGGUGGAUGAUAUGGCCGACACGUGUGGAACUGUAUGCCAUGCUGCUGAAAAACUGUUAGAAGCUGGUGCAGUGAAAGUAUUUGCCAUCUGUACACACGGUAUAUUCUCGGGCCCCGCUAUCUCCCGCAUCAACAACUCAAUGUUCGAAGCAGUCGUCGUCACCAACUCCGUCCCACAGGAGGAGAGGAUGAAGAUGGCCCAGAAAAUAAAGCUGAUUGACAUUUCUUCCAUUCUCGCUGAGGCUGUGCGAAGGACUCAUAACGGAGAAUCUGUCUCUUUCCUCUUUUCCCACGUCCCCUUGUAACCACGGAAACUGCCCGUUUUAGUUUUGCUCAUUGUAUUGAUAUAUCCAUGAUAUUGGCAGAGGCCAUUAGAAGAACACACAAUGGGGAAUCUGUGUCCUAUCUCUUCAGCAACGUUCCCAUGUAAGAAGAAAUAAUUUCUCACAUUGUUCCUAUGAAUCUGCCUCAAAGUUGACAUUUUGUCGUUUCAAUUAUAAAAGAAAGAAAAACUGCCCAUGAAACUAAUGGUCUGCACCUUGAUCCGCUGGCGUGGAGCCCUGUGUGUAGGUUUUCUGUUGUAAUCAAUGAAGCCGUAUUGGCCUCAUAUGAUGGAAAAGGGCUAAAAGUGCAAAAGGUUUUUGGUACAGACUUUUUUUAUAUCAUACUUCAUGUCCCCUAACUGUCAUAAUCAAUUCACUUUCCAGUCAGGUCCUGUCUUAGGUGGCGGUCAUGCGAAACAGGGGCCCAUGGUGAGGAAGUAGAACAUGGAGCCAUUAUAACAUAUGUCCUUAGUUUCUUAUUCCCCAGGGGCGGUCGGGUAGCCUAGUGGUUAAAGCGUUCGCUCGUCACGCCGAAGACCCGGGUUCGAUUCCCGACAUGGGUACAAUGUGUGAAGCCCAUUUCUGGUGUCCCCCGCCAUGAUAUUGCUGGAAUAUUGCUAAAAGCGGCGUAAAACCAUACCCACUCACUCACUUAUUCCCCAAAUCUUGAAUUUUGCUUAUCGACCUCAGUUUAAGUCUGUUUGACCUCCACCUUAGACACAAUGCCAUUUACACCCAUGAGGAACAAGUGAAAAAAAGAAUUCAAAUUUCACAGGCAUGGAACGUUUUGAAAAUAUAUCCACUAAAUCACGUAUUAUAUCAUACAGUAACUAUUUUGGUAAUAAUUUUUUUUUGGUAUAAUGUACUUUUGGUGGGUGUGAACACAAUGGCCUCCACCUUUGACAUAAGGCACACCAAAAAAUUACUUGUGUUUCCGGUAACCCGACCAUCCAUUGUUUUCACUGGCUAUAAAACAAUAUAUUUGUUUAUAUGUUAUGUUCCCACAAAUUAUUCUUGACCUACAGAUUUGAGGUACUUUGCAACAAACAUCAGUUCUAAACAUAAAAAAAUGACCCUACCUGCGGACCAUGUAUGUUGAGGCCAUGUUACCAUGGUGACCUGAAACACAAGUAUUUGUUUUUGGCCUGAGGUUAAUUCCUCUCAAUGGAUAAGAAAUGAUUCAGGAAUGCUAUGGCCUCUAUUGCAAGCAAUGCUUUCUUGUACCAAUGUUUGCAGUACAACAAAAUACAUCACCGAUGCAUCGUGUUUGUGUGUUGCAUGUUGUUUGAUGGGCAUGGGUAAACAUAUAUCGGUUUCCUAGAAGUGUAGCCAUUUGUGUGAGGUAUAUAUUGUAAUACACAAAAAUGGAAUACAGUGAAAUCUUGUUCACUCAAGUUUAGCUGACUCAGUGCUGUGUUCAUGAAGAAGUAUGGUCAGGGCAGAGUCAUCCUCGGCCCUCUUGUUUGCUCCAAUAGUGAUGACAGAUCAGGAAAGAUCUCAGUAUCUCAUUCUAGUAUUGAUCACAAGUAACCUAUGCUGGUCGUAAGAGGGACCAACCCGCGAAGAUCCGGGUUAAAAUAGGUCUUCAUCAACGCAUGCUUGACGUAAAAGGCGACUGCUUGUGGUAAGAGGCGACUAAUGAGAUCGAGUGGUCAGGCUCGAUGACUUGGUUGAUGCAUGUCCUUGUAUCCCAAUAGCGCAGAUAGAUGCUCAUGAUGUCAAUCACUGAAUUGUCUGGUCCAGACUUGAUUAUUUACAGACCACCAUCAUAUAGCUGGAAUAUUGCUGAGUGCAGGGAUAAACAAGAAACAAACAAACCUCGUUCUUGUCGUAAGCUGACAAAUGAUGGGGUUGGAUGGGUGUGGCUCAGACUUGAUUAUUUACAUGCCCAGCAUACAGCUGGAAUAUUUUAACUCAGGCAUAAACAACACACAAGCAAAGAAACAUAAACAAUAUGGAUAACACAACAGCUCUUCGACUGUCUUAUGACUUGAGGCACCUGCUUUCACUGUAUUAAGUUUUUGCUAGAUAUUCCUUCGAUUAUAAGCUGCAAUGUCAUCCUCCUCCAAAUGUGCAUCCUGUUGCUUGAAGCUCCACACUAAUCACAAAAGAAUAGCCAGUAGCCCAGACAGUGGCAUAGUUUUAAACCAACCAAUAAAUGUUUUCAUUUCAACCUGGAGGACACAUUACACAGGUACCGUUGUCACCAGUCCUACGGUAAUCUUUGGACAUAAUUUCUCAUCUUCAGCAGUUGAUUCAUCAGUCUACAAAGUGAAAUGAAAUCCUUGUACAUUGGAUUCAUGAAUGAAUUUAUUCCUGCUGUAGAGAUUUCAUGGAUAUACAUCAUGUUGUGUACUGAACCAAAAAGUUAGAUAUCUUUUAUGAAUUGUGUGCUCAGUGUUCACUCCAAACAAAUAUUGCCCUAAUAUUCAUGAUUCCUAACUUUUUCUUGUUUAGUAUUUUAGUAUGUGAUAUGUUACAUUUUGUCAUGGAUGAGGUAAGAAUUUAUUUGAAUAUCGAUGUCAUCUGUCUAAUGUUUAUUAAUUGUUUUGUGGUCAUGAGAAGGUUUGACUUGGGCAUGGUCAUUUGGGGCCAGACCAGUUAAUUUUUACCUUAAGUUUACCUUACAAAAUAUCAAAACAAAAUGUGAUAAGAUUAUAAAACAAAUGUGAAAAUGUGUAUGGUGGAAAAAAAUCUUAGUUUAAAUUACAUUUUGUUUGUAAUUCAGUUUUAAACAACUUCUAUUCUGUUUUAAGGAAAUUAACCUUAAAUCUCAUUAAAAUCAGAUCUUAGUUCUCGCUAUCACUAUACAAAAAUCUGAGGACAUCCCAUUACGGGUCACGUCAGAAUGACCUUUCAUCCAACCAUCAGAGCGUCGCUUACCAGAUCAUGAAAGUGACAGUCGGAAUGUGUUUUCUGAUGAUGCAACCACGAAAUAUUUAACACGGGGUAUUCCAAAUGACAGUAACGGGUUUUAUGAUUAUAUCCAUUACAAUCUAGGCCAUCUUUUAGCCAUUCCAGAAUGUUCUUAUCAGCUUUAAAUUUUUUAAUCGAGAUUACGUCAAAAUAUCUUUCGAGGCGCAGACGCCAGUUUUGAAACUAGUGUUGUAAAGCUCGAGAAAGCUGCCUUCUGAUUGGCUAAUGUCGAUUUCUUGUCAGUCAUUUCAUCUGUCGGUCAAAAUUCGCAAAAGGUCGUUCUGACUUGACCCGUAAUGGGAUGUCCUCAGAUCUUUGUUUAGCUAUAGCGAGAACUAAGAUCUGAUUUUAAUGAGAUUGCUAUUUGAAUGUAGCUGCAAAAGUUUGAUUUCAUGUUUUGUGAAUGUUUGGUAGAAGUAUGAGUGCAAAAGUGUCAUCCCAUACCAUUGUCAUCCUGAGUGUCUCAUUCAGUGUUAUUCUCAAGUAUUACCUUAUUACAGAGACCCAUGGUAGCUCAUGUUUGCUGAAUUAGUCAGUUUAUUGCAGCUUGUUUUUAAAGAAGUUUUGUUUUUCCACAAGGCCAUUAAAUCUUGAAAAAAUGUUACUUGUCAUGUGGGUCAAGGUAAUUAAAGUUUUGGUUGGUAAGAAACAAGGCCAAUACUGACCUUGCCUAAAUUAUUUUGCCAUUGUUGCAAAAGAAUUUCAGAUGAAAAAAGGAGGCAGGGCAACUGGUGUCCAUGCUAUUUUCAAAAUGGUUCUAAAUUAUUUCUUUGGUCUUUGUUGCUUUUUACAAAAUUAUUUUUAUCAUAGAAAUUAUGAAUAGCAUGAUCAUGUGCAAGAUUUCAUUGUGAUAGUUUUUGCCUUGCUAUUAAUGUAACUUCACAUUGCAUUUUGUUCUUCAGAAAGUUGUAUUUCACUUUCUUUGAAUACUCCAGAGCUGUUUUCUCUUUGACAUCAUAAUGUGGUACUCUAUAUCAUCAUUGCACCAUUGGUCCUGGAAUUAAACUAUGUGAAACCCCG